AUGUCCAACUACAGCGGACGACACGGCCCCAACGUGUCGCAGUACCUCCGCGACCUCAACACCAUCAGCCCCGGCGACACCACCGGCCUCGAGGAGCCGUACACCAUGGAGGACGAUCUGGCCAUCUUCACCAACACGCAGUUCUUCGACAUCGACUCUGGCCGGAACACCGACUUCCAGGCUCAGGCCCAGCCCGUCAAGACCGAGGGCAAGGCACUCCACAGCGGCACCGCAUCCGAGGAUGUCAGCGCAGCGCCCUCGGUGAUCGGUGAACUGCCCAACCUGGAUUUCAUGUCUGACUUUACCUUUCAAGACUUCAACAACAACACAUAUGCCGCGCCCCACAUGAACAACUUCCCGGAACAGGGCUUCCAGCCUCUGCAGCCCAACCACGGCCACGUCCAGGUGCCUCCUCACCAUGCGCGCUUCCACCAGGCACCCCCACAGGUUGGCGACAAGCGCAAGUCCGAGUCCAUGAGCCAGGAGGAGGCCGCCCGGGUGGCUGCCGAGGAGGACAAGCGGAGGAGGAACACGGCCGCCAGCGCCCGUUUCCGCAUCAAGAAGAAGCAGCGCGAGCAGGCUCUCGAGAAGUCCGCCAAGGAGAUGUCUGACAAGGUCGCCAACCUGGAGAGCAAGGUCUCCCAGCUCGAGACGGAGAACAAGUGGCUGAAGAACCUCCUGGUCGAGAAGAACGAGGGCAGCGAGGACAUUGUCGCGCUGUGGAAGGAGUUCACCAAGCACGCAAGCCAAAAGGCCAAGGCCACCCCCGCCGAGUCAAGUAACGGCGACAAGGUCAAAGAUGAGCGAUGA